AUGAAGCGGGUCUACGAGCAUGCAAUAUUCAACCUGUGCUCUGCCACAGCCUCCGACAGCUCAGGAACCAGCUUUGUGGCUCGUUAUGCCCAUUUACUCAACCCUCAACGUGUGAAGUCCCGUGGGGAAGUAUUCCAGUUAUUGAGUGACGGCCUUCUAGAGGACGAUAUCACAUAUUGCACUUUGCGUACCCGGGCAUGGGUCUAUCAGGAAUGGUACCUUUCCAAGCGCUCACUGGUCAUGGGGUCACAUCAGCUUUGGUGGCAUUGUAGAGAAAAGCUGGCAUGCGAGCUAUGGCCGAUUGGAACACCGCAAGCCAACAGGGGAAGAUGGUGGAGUCAAACGCAGCCCCUCAAGGAGUCAGCACCAUCUGAAGAUUCAGAUGAAAUGGAUGCCUGGAGUCAGCGUGUCCUAGCAUAUAUGAGAACUAAGCUGACGAGAGAAACCGAUCGUUUGGUUGCAUUCUCGGGUGUUGUUCAGUCUUUUGGCCAGACACGCCAGCUAACUGACGACUAUCUUGCUGGCCUCUGGCGAAGUCAUCUACCAGCAGCACUCUUGUGGAAGGUCAGCUCUUCAGCACGGAGAUCAGCUACGUAUACGGCAGCGUCCUGGAGCUGGGCGUCUCUUGCAGGAGACUGUCUGAUAAUGCCUCUCGGUGAACCAGGGCCGGACGGAUUCCUGAUGGGCGGAGCAAUAACGCUCCGCGGCUAUUUGUUUGAAGUUGCCUAUCGAUCUGUUGGGCUGUUCUUGGGCAGAGGAGACUUUAUGGUUCCUGGAGAUCAUACGACAGGUGGUGAACUCUACCUUGACGAAGGGUCAGAAAAUGACAGAGUCAUCUCAUACUUAGAGGCACCUGAUCUCAGAGAUUUCAGGGAGAAGGAUCUCGUUUUCGCUUUCGAGGACUGA